AUGGUGCCCCCGAAGCGACACAUCCUCAAUUGCUUGGUCCAGAACGAGCCCGGUGUGCUGUCCCGAGUGUCUGGCAUUCUAGCCGCUCGUGGCUUCAACAUUGACUCCCUCGUCGUAUGCAGCACCGAGGUCGAGGAUCUUUCACGGAUGACAAUUGUCCUCACUGGUCAAGAUGGCGUAGUAGAGCAGGCUCGACGGCAACUAGAAGACCUUGUUCCUGUUUGGGCAGUCCUCGAUUACACAAAUGCUCCGCUAGUCCAGCGUGAGCUUGUUCUAGCCAAGAUCAAUAUCCUUGGCCCCGAGUACUUUGAGGAGCUCCUCGCUCAUCACCGAGAAAUCACGGCUGUUGACGCCGAGGGGGAGGAAGGCCAAGAGGCGUUCGAGCAGAGCCUCGAGGAGACGUCGAACGACUUCCACCCCAGAAGCCUUGCCGCCAGCCAAGCGCUGCGUUUAAAGCACGAGCAUUUGAAGAGCAUUACCUAUUUCACGCACCAGUUUGGAGGCAAGGUUCUAGAUAUCAGCACUAACAGCUGCAUAGUGGAGGUGUCUGCGAAGCCCUCUAGGAUCGACUCGUUUUUGAAGCUUAUUGCGCCGUUUGGAAUAUUGGAGUCUGCUAGGACCGGAUUGAUGGCUCUGCCUCGUUCUCCUUUGUAUGGUCCCAACGAGGACACUCUGGUAAAGGAAGCGGAUGAGGUUGUGGAUGCUAGCCAGCUGCCGCCCGGUUAA